GAAUGAAUUGAAUUGAUAUUUAUUUUAUGGGUUUUUCUUUCUCUCUCUUUAUGGAGUGUAGUACACAUACCAACAAAAAAUGGCAAUCCUUCUUCUGGGUGGUCACCACAUGAAAAACCCAACUCAAGAUCUUCAUCUUCUUCCUUCCUUCACAUGAAAUUAAUCAUCUUUUACUUUCAUUGACUUGUCAUUUCUAUUCUUAUCAUUUCUUUCUUUCAAAGUCCUUAGAUCUGUUUCUCACAAGAUGAGAUCUGUAGAAGACAAAGGAUGUUUGAACAACGAGAUCCCGACCGCCGCCGCCAACAAUACAUUCGAGUUCCACAAACCAACCGGACCGAAUCGAACUCCGAAUCACUUAACAUCUAUGGGCAAACCAACCCCAUCCAAAUGGGACGAUGCCCAGAAAUGGCUAGUGAAUCUCUCCAAAGGAAGUGAAAGAAAUCAAUCCAAAACAAAACCCAGAAACUCUAACGCAGAUGACCGGAGACUAAUCGCUCCGGUGCCUAAAAAAGAAGACUAUUCAAGCGGUGAAGAUGAAGAAAGGAGAAUAGCUGAGGAAAAUGGGUUUCCUAGUUCACUUACGUACGGGAUCGAAACUAAGAAUGUUGUUGACUGUGAUGAAUCAAUUUGGCGUAUUAAUAAAACAUCAUCCCAAGCUUCAUCUGCUGCCGCCGCCGCUGUAGUUAGAUCAAUCUGUGUUCGUGAUAUGGGUACAGAGAUGACUCCCAUGGUUAGUCAAGAGCCUUCAAGGACUGCAACUCCGAUCAGGGCUUCAACACCGGCAGGUCGAAGUCCCAUUUCAUCUCCGGCGAGAAACACAAAUACCCACAUCAAUAGUGUUCAAACGGUUGACGGCGGUAGGGAAUCUGGCCGGCGCGUGGGGAUUAAGGAAGAACAGGAUCAGGUAGUAGUAAAGAAGGUUAACUCUAUAGAAACUAAAGCAAUGGCUUGGGAUGAAGCUGAACGUGCCAAAUACACGGCGAGGUUUAAAAGGGAAGAAGUGAAGAUUCAAGCUUGGGAGAAUCAUGAGAAGAGGAAAGCUGAAAUGGAAAUGAAGAGAAUGGAGGGAAAGGCAGAAAGGUUGAAGACAAGAGCUGAAGAGAAGUUGAAGAACAAGUUAGCAUCAACAAGGAGAAUAGCAGAAGAGAAAAGAGCAAAUGCAGAAUCAAAACUGAAUGAGAAAGCAAUAAGAACAUCUGAAAGAGCUGAUUACAUAAGAAGGACUGGACAUCUUCCAUCUUCAAUCUCUUUAUCAUCUUCAUCCUCAUUCAAGUUUCCAUCCUUUUGUUCUUAGUUAAUCAAUCUGUUCUUCAUCAUCAUAUGGUGUUCUUCUUUUGUUUUUAAGCAUGUUCUUUCUUUUUUUUGUUUGUUUGAAGACUGUUAUUAAUUAUUUUACCACCUAAUAGUAAAUUCCUUUAAGUUUUAC